UCACCGGCAAUCUCAUAUUCACGCACGCGUAUCCAAUAAUCUUUUCAUCUUCACCGUUUCAUACGUAACUUCUUUACGACCCUCUCUCUCUCUCUCUCUCUCUCUCUCUCUCUCUCUCUCUCUCCUUUUCUCUCUUUCGUUUCUCCGGCGAGUGUGCGAGAUGCUGAAGGAAAGACAGGUUUUGCCGGAUUCAAGCAACAAGAACAGGGUGUCUCCCUACCCGCUUCGCUCCUGUCGGAGCAAGAAACAAAAGGAAGCCGAGUCACCUCUCGAGCCAGAGAACGUGAGUGAAUGGGAGGAUGUGAGGUGUGUGAUCUGCAUGGAGCCGCCGCACAAUGCCGUCCUCUUGCAGUGCUCUUCCUUCUCCAAAGGCUGCCGCGCUUACAUGUGUGACACAAGCGCGCGUCACUCCAACUGCUUCAAGCAGUACCGCAGGAACAAGAAGAACGCAAGCCGCUGCAGCAAUGGCAAGACUCUGAGCUGUCCGUACUGCAGAGGAGAGGUUCACGGGACGAUGAAGUCUACUAGCGCACGGAGGUUCAUGAAUGCGAAACCGAGGUGCUGUUCUAUGGACAAGUGCGAGUUCUCUGGGACUUAUUCUCAGCUGAAGACUCACUUGAAAGCUGAGCAUCCGGGUUUCACACCUCCGAAGAUGGACCCUUGGGAGCAUCUCCACAUGUGGGAGGAAGUGGAAAGAGCGGAGUUCAUUGAGAUGAUCAACGCUCGUCAGAGAUGGGAAGCGGAGCAGAGAUUGUUGGCCGGACAUCUCUACCAGCUUCCACACCAUCAUCAUCAUCAUCACAUGAUUGAUCUCAACCUUGAUGCUUUCAUGCACGAUGUUUUCAUUGGUGUGAGGGGACAAGCAAGUGCCCCCAGUUACCCGGCUCACAUGUCCCAGCUUGAGUUCCAUGGAGCCAUGUAUCCUAGGUGGACUCCGUGAAGAAGAUUUCUCGUAGUGCCGAUCAAAGUUUUGAUGUCUCUUGAUUCUUUUAUCCAAAAUGUAUUCUCAGUGUUUAGGUUUUAUAGGGACAUCAGCUCUUGUUCUAGGCAUAAGUUUUUUACUUUUUGUUUGUAUUAAUGUUUAUGUUUAGUCAAGUAUCCAAUAGAAUUUGUCUAAAUAAAAAAAAAAACCACAUUUUUUCA